UGAAAAAAAGGACAUGGCUAAUAGAAAAGACGCAUUAGGUGAACGUAAAGACGACGAAAAGCCAGAUUUUCAGUUCGAACGAAUGGUACAUAAAGGGGUUGCAAUGUUAAAAUGUGAGAUUGAUGAUAUAGAACGGAUGGAGACGAUGGAUGACGAUAUUUGGGUGUGCAGUUUCCCCAGAUCAGGGACAACGAUGACACAGGAGAUGACGUAUCUAGUACAAACCUUGGACUUUAAAACUGCAAGCACUGUUUAUCUUGACGACCGUUUUCCAUUGCUGGAGUUGAAGGAUGACAGAUUUCCGUUCUAUAGAGGUGUAAAAUACAUUGACCAAAUGAAGUCACCUCGUAUGAUAAAAUCACAUCUGCACCACUUCAUGUUGCCUGACCAGUUACAGAAAGGAAAAGGGGCCCGGACAACCCAAGCAUUUGAAAAAGUUGUAGAGGACUUUGUAAAUGGGACUGGUCACAAUUGCCCAUGGCCUCGGCACGUUUUAGAGUUUUGGGAGAGACGAAAUGAUAAAAAUGUUCUGUUUUUGAAGUACGAGGAGGUGGUGCGGGAUAAAGCGAGAGCUGUAAAACAAAUAGCCGAUUUUCUCGGUAGAAAUUUGACAGAUGAAGAUGUGACUAACAUUCUUGAUUACUGUUCAGUGGAAAAUAUGAAAAAUAACGCAAUGUGCAAUAUGUCUUACUGGCGAGAUUACAAGAAAGUCUAUGAUAAUCCGGAUGGUGGUUUUAUAAAUCAAGGUCAAGCAGGAGCAUGGAAACACUUGUUAACGCCAGAUAUUGCAAACAAAAUAGAUAAACUUCUCGAUGAAAUUGAAGGCUCUGGUUUAACGUUCAGUGACAAUUAGGCUUUGACGUUAUAUUUCACCAAAUGUAUGUGUAUUAAUACAGAGUCAAUUCUUAUAGGGAAAAUAUCAUGUACUUUUUUGAAAAUAAAUAACAAUGAAAACAGCGAAAAACAUAAUGAAAUAUUUAAUAACAUUUACUAGAUAAUUUAAUUAAAUCAGUGUACAUUUUAUCAUGUGUUUGGAGUCUGGUAUUCUUUUGCCUUUAAAGAUCUUACUAUAGUCUAUAUGUUUUUGUGUAACUUUAGAUUGUAUAAUAUUUCAUCAUUUAAAUAUCAUUGACCUGCCAACAACAAUAACUAUGUAGAGAAAUUAAUAAGGCCUGAUUAGGGAAAAGCAACUGAUUAGGUCUUUACAAACUUCUAAAUAGGAGAAAAAAUAAACUAAAAUAGAACCUUGUCAUUCAUAUUAAUGAAACAUAGGAGAAUCAAUAUCCUAGUCGGACUUUGUAACUCCAAUUUAUCAAUGUUUAGACCAUUAGGAAAACCGUCCUUCAGAUGAGUUGACAGUUUUAUUUUAAACUUUAGAUAACAAUAUAAAACAACAUAUACAAUAAUCAAAUUACGUAUUUUACGAGUUGUUUAAUUAUCGGGCCUGUUGCUUUAAUUAAACGUCAAAUGUAUACGGUAUCAAACUAUACAUGCACUAUGGUUGAAUUUGUAUGCAAAUAAAAGAUUUAAAUAUUAGAAUAUAUAAUUAUACGGUGUGUGCUUUAUUAUAUACACUUUAGCCAUAGGUUUUUCUUACAUGACAAAUGGUGUAGUAAAAUUUAUACUUAUAUCAACACGCAUGGUUCUGCUUAAAUUAUUUCGA